CUCCCCGGGGCCGAGCCCUGCGGGGCGAGGAGCCGGGCCGGGAUCCGGGGUUGCGGUCGGGCCGAGCUACCGCCGCUUCCGCCUCGGCUCGGUUUCUCCCGGCUCUCCGAAAGCGGCUUGCAGCGUAAUGCUAUUAACUGCUGAUGGAGAAAGCCGCUCCGCUGCUGCUGUAAACACCGCUCUUCGCAACGGCGGCGGGCCUCAAGCCGUUAGCAGCGGCUCCGGGGAACGCGAGCUGCGCGCAGAGCGGCCCGGCCCCGCGCAUCCCCCGCACUGCGCAGCGCAACUCGGGCCGCGCGCUGCCGUCCCCGGGGCUUCUCGGUGGGCGCUGCUUCCCCGGCUGAGGGCCCCCCGAAACGUUUGACUCGUUUCAGCUCUCUUAUUGUGAAUUCUCCUAUCUGCUGUGAGAUAUGCUGCUUCAAUUUUCAGAUCACGAUUUGUUGUUUCGUACUCCAUCAAAACGCUACUGCUAAAACCAAAAGGUUUUUAAUAUUAGUUAUCUAAUGACAUAGGCCGCGAUUUGUCCAGCAGCGGAACAAAUACAUUGGUAGAGAAGCACAGCAUCAUUUCUACAACAGCUUGAUCCUUCCGGAGCUGCGGUACAGGAGCUCGAAGGCUAGAGGCGGCGGAGGGACUGCUGUAGCCCAUGGGCCGUCCUGUGGCUGCCUUUGAAUCAAUCAGGACUUUAUGAGUAUAAAAUCUUUGGUGGUCUUGCUGACUGUUCCCCAAAACUCUGUGCAGAUGUCUAUAUGGAUUUAGAAUUCAGAAAACAGUGGGAUCAGUAUGUUAAAGAACUGUAUGAGGAAACGUAUGAUGGUGAAAAGAUAAUCUACUGGGAAGUGAAGUACCCUUUUCCUCUCUCAAACAGAGAUUAUGUCUAUAUUCGUGAAUGUCAAGAGAUGGAUGUUGAUGGGCGGAAGAUCUGGGUUGUGUUAGCUCAAAGUGUGUCUGUUCCUCAGUGCCCUGAAAAGCCCGGUAUUAUCAGAGUUAAAAGUUAUAAACAAAGCCUGGCAAUUGAAAGUGAUGGCAAGACUGGAUCUAAAGUCUAUAUGUACUAUUUUGAUAAUCCUGGUGGCAUGAUUCCAUCAUGGCUGGUCAACUGGGCUGCCAAGAGUGGUGUGCCUGCUUUCUUGAAGGAUAUGCAAAAAGCUUGUUGUACUUAUUCUGAAAGAGCAUAGGUCAAAUUUGAUCUGAAUUAUUUAAUUCCUAAAAUUCUGCACUUACAGAAUGGGUAUAAUGUAACACACACUGGAUAAAAUCUACCUCUAAUAUUGGAAAGAAUUUUUGUUGGUGGUUUAUGCCUUGACUCUUAUUAGACCUUUGUUUCCCUCUCCAAGAGAAGAGUUAGUUGCCAGCAAGGUAAUACCAACAUUAGCUGCCUUCCUUUCAUAGCACUUAUAUUCUGUCAUGUCACCCAUGCUUUGUGCUGAUUGUCAUAGGUCAGCUACAGCUUUAUUGAUUAAAGCAUUACAUCCUUGGGCAAGAGAUAAUAGUUUUUACUAGGAAAAAUGUCUGAAUUUAUACUGAAAAUUCUUUGCAUGUAUUAUGUCUGGGUUUCUCUUUGUGGCCUUGCAUGGUGACUUCUUAUUGAAAUUGAAUAAUACAACUUGCAUUGUUUAGGAGGAAAUGCUUUUGCUACCUGAAUUUAUCAUAUUUAAAAUGGUCUUCUCUACUAAAAAUAAAAAUAAAAAAUAGCACAUAUAGGUAAAUUACCUGAAGUUUGCAAUAGGAACAGGAACGCUUACUAAGCUUCCUUGUGAUGGCUUUAAGUGUCCAGGUAUAAAAGGAUGUGUACGUAAAGCCUUGCAUUCACAUCUCAGUAUGCCUAUAUGAAAAGUAUAAAGCAUUAGCUAUGUCUAGCUAGCAAAAAAAAAAAAAGUUUGCUUUCAUGGUUAAUUUAAUGGGAACAAGUUACAUCUUUGGAGUCCGUUCCCUUACUGACUGCUUGGAAAGCAGCUUGGACACCAGCUCUAAAUUGGAAAUAAUUUCAAACUGGAUUCCUGUAACUGAUUUAGAGAUGCUUGUUUCCCUGCUUCUGAAUGAACUUGAUAUGAAAGUUGUGGUUGUUUUACAUUUUUAAUGCUGAUGUAAAGAAUGAAAAUGUUCAUUUUGGAUGGCAAUCCAGCAGAAGCACAACCAAGCAGGAAAUUACAUUUGCAGCACCUUUGGAGCAGAAGGUCAGAGUUCAGCAAGGGUGAGAUGGCCUCAGUCUCAGGGAUUGAAAAUAUUUUGCAUCUUUACUAAAUCUAAUCUUGUUGCUGAACAAAUCUUGUGAUGGAGUAAGUUUAUUUUGUUAAAAAAAGAAAUGGUUGAAGUCAUUGCCUUUAUACUUUGUGUGAAUGUUUCCAAUAAAUCCUUACUGUAUCCAUA